UCAGUGACUCACUGUGAAGCGGCUGUGAACAUGUGGUCUGUGCUGCUGCUGCUGCUGCUGGCAGCCAGACACUCAGACUCCUCUGCUGAUCCUCGUCAAGACGACGCUGGUCAGAGUUUCGUUGUCGUUUUUCCGGAGAACAUUGCGUACUAUCACCCGACCCCCCCGGUGAACAGUGUGCAGCUCACGGCGCUGCGUGACACACAGGUCACCGUCGGGGACCAGCCGGUGACUCUGAGCGCCGGACAAACCAAAGAGAUCAUUGUAGACGAGCUGGAGCUCAGAAAGAAGCCGAUCUCCAGCAAAGCUCUCCUCAUCACCAGCACUGAGAAGAUCACCGUCCGCUCCUGCAGCCGGAAGCUCACCAGCGUGCAGACAGCUCUGGUUUUACCAACCCUCAAACUGGGAAAGGAGUACCUCAUCCCUCCUGUACCGCAAAUCCAAGGAACCACCGACCAGGUCUCGUUGGACGUGACUGAGAGGAGACCCUUCACCCUGUUCAUCGUCAGUGGCAAACAACAAACCACGGUGACCAUCGGAGAAGUCCCCCCCAGAGAAGAGGUGCUUCAGCCCCGGGAGGUCCUUCAGGUCCUGGUUCAACAAGCAGGACCUCGAGCCGUGAAGGCCGACCAGCCGGUGGCCGUCCUCUUCGGUCACGCCUGCACCAUCAGAUACAACUGCACCUGCGGCAUCCUGCAGACCACGCUGUCGGCCGCCAGCGACCAGACGCUCCGGUUCUUCAUUCCUCCCGUUCUGGUCAAGGACGAAACGCGUCUUCUGAUAUCGAGCAACGAAUCGACCACAAUCAGAAGCUUUGACCCGGACUCGCCGCUGGUGGAGACAAACGGAAACGCCCUCCUCUACCGCCCAGGGCUCCUCCUGAGCCUGAUCCCAGAGGCCGACUUCGCCUCCUGCUAUGUGAUCAAUCGGGUCAGAGACAUGGAGAACUUUGCUGUGGUCCUCGUUCACAAGAGCUUCAAAGACGGGGUUCGAAUGGGAAAUGAUCCUCUGGAGAACCCAGACUGGCAGCCGCUGAGGGGGACAGAGUUCUUCUCGACACAGGUCAAAGUGAUGCUGGACCAGAGCGUCCUCUGGCACACGUCUCACAAAAUGGCCGUCUACUUUCAUGGGCGCUCCGGAGCUGCUCUGUUUGGGAACCCAGCGCCCGUCAUCAGUAGGACUGCAGAUUUCAGGGGCUGCCUCUUGGAUCCAGAGGUCGUACAUAUCGGAGACGUGGCAGCCGGCUGGCGCGAGUCUGUGAAGUACUGCAGAGACAAACAGCUGCAGCUGGUCAGCCUCUCCGGCAGCCACAACGUGACGCACAUCUACCAGGAGAUCAUCCAGGCGAACAACGACAGCGUGCAGGAGGCGUGGAUCGGCAUGAGGCGGAGCUCCCAGACUGGGGAGUGGUACUGGCUCAACAACGAGCCGGUCAACACAACCAACUGGAAGGACGGGGAGCCCGGCGCGGUGAACGACGGCCAGUGUGCCGUCAUGAGUCUGAGGAGCGAGGAGGAGUUUGGGUGGAGCGACCAGGACUGCUGCAAGGCCUUCCGUCCGGUCUGCUACAGACCCCCCCUCCUCUUCCCACUGGGAUAGACCAGCAGGACGGGAGCUGAGGGAAACCAGCAGCUGAACUGGAAGAGGGAUCUCUGAUCUCUGAUCCAGAUGAGCUCAUCUUUCCCUCUCAUCAUUGACAGAGUGCUUUAGGUCAACCUGUAGCUGCUGUAGUCUGAUAGCUUUAAUAUCAUCAGAACAAAUGUGGUAGUUAGAGCGCCACCUGGCUUCUGUCCUUCAAUCAACACGUACAGAUCAUUCCACAAACGCUUCUUCUAAAGUUCCACUGAAACGAGUUCACCACACAGCGCCAUCUAGAGGCUUGUGUGAGGAGAAGAGCUGAAGAGCUGAAGAGCUGAAGAGCUGAAGAGCUGAAGAGCUGAAGAGCUGAAGAGCUGAAGAGCUGAAGCUCGGAGCAGGAUCUGUGUGCAGCUGCGUAGUUUGAGCACAAGCAGCAGAUGUUAGAGUGACAGCGUUAAAUCAAUAAGUCUGGAGCCUUAAAUAUGAUUUAUCUAAGAAGGGUCGAGUUCCACUUUGACACAAGUCAACACAUCGUGGACAGAAGAGUCAGAGGAAUCUGUGAAGAGCAUUGAAUCGUUAACACGUGUAGAA